AUGAAGACGUCAGGACCAUCGUGGAGAAUGCCCUGGACACUCUGCUGGACUCUGACCGUCCUCUCCGUCCUCACUCUGCUUAACUCGGCCGGUUUCAUGCUCCUGCUCCUGCAGACCCGGGAGCUGGAGGAGCGCGUGGAGCGCGUGGAGUCGCGGCUGGAGGAGAUCUCUCACAGCUCGGUGGUGGAGUUCAUGACGGAGAUGAGCAGGAACCAGGAGGAGAUCCAGGUGGACCUGCAGCAGUUCUCCAGAAACAAACGCAGCGAGGAGCUGAACAAGGCUCGGGCUCUGAGGCAGAGGUCUCAGCUGGAGCUGGAUGAAGGUUCUGGAGACGGGAUGGGAGAGGAACCGGUGAGGAACCAGGAGAAGCUACAGAAACCUCCAGACUUCCAUCAUCACACAAGGGUGGAGAAUAAUGGGAUGAUGAUGAUGAUGACCUACUCCAUGGUGCCUGUGAAAGUGUUGCUGGAUAUCUGUAACACCACUCAGGGAAUUUGUCUCACCGGACCUCCCGGACCACCAGGUCUGCCAGGCAGGGACGGGACGCUGGGAUAUAACGGGUCGGACGGAAUUCCCGGUUUGCCAGGUGAACCCGGAGCGCUGGGCAAGAAAGGAAAAAAGGGUCCUCCGGGGGAGAAGGGGGAUCCAGGUGAGCCGGGCGUGAGAGGAGAACCGGGACCGCCCGGAGAAAAGGGAGAACCUUCCAACGAGGUGAUUGUGGAGGGUCCUCCUGGACCCGCGGGACCUCCUGGACCUCCGGGUCAGUCGGGUCCACCCGGGCUCCCGGGACUACCCGGACCCCCGAGACCGGCCAGGAACAGGAGCCACCGAGCCCACCUGCACACGGGCCCCGCGCUGGAGGGUCUCAAUCACGCGGCUCACAAUGAUGAGACGACCAAACACGGAGCGGGAAGAGAGACUAAAAAAGAGUGCGUGAUCACGUCGGUGAGGGAGCCCAGCAGGCUGGCGAAGAUGCCCACCACGUUCGGAGCCUGGCUGAGAGAUACAGGAGCUCACGGUGGAGAGAAGAUCUGGGUGGCGGAACAUUUCUCAGGUCGGAUUAUAAAGGAAUAUAAAAACAUCGAGGCGUUCCAGAACGGCAGCGGCGAGUCCAUCGACGUGAGGAAGUUCUUCCAGGGCUGCGGACAUCUGGUUCAUAACGGCUCCAUUUAUUACCACAUCGCCGGAACCUUCACCAUCGCCAGGUUCGAUCUGAGAAGCCGGACGCUGCACACGCUGCCCGUCGAGAACGCGCUCUACCACAGCCUGUCCUACCUGCUCCACAACUCCAAGACCUACUUCAAGAUGGCGGCGGACGAGAGCGGCCUGUGGCUGGUGUUCGCCUCCAGCGCCGACGAGAGCGUGAUGGCGGCGCAGCUGGACGAGAAGACCUUCUCCGUCGCCGCCUACGUCAACACCAGCUACCCCAGGAGCAAGGCGGGGAACGCCUUCGUGGCCUGCGGCGUCCUGUACGUCACCGACGUCAAGGACUCGAGAGUCACGUUCGCCUUCGACCUGCUGAAACGGAAGCCCGUCAACGUUAGCUUCGACCUCUGGGCCCCCGCCAGCGUGCUAGCCAUGCUGUCGUACAACCCCAACGAGCGGCGGCUGUACGCCUGGGAGGGCGGACACGUCAAGUCGUACCGCGUCCAUUUUCUUUCCGAUGACUGAUGUGUGUGAAGAUACGAGAUCUCAGUGGUCAGAAGUUUACAUACACCUGUGAGACGCGUCCUGACUUUUCCGCUCUUCUUUUUCUCUGACUGACUGACUGGACACACCCUUCUUCGUUACACUGGUCAGUCAAUAUUUGGUCAUGUCCACUAACUUUUGAUAGACA